CAUAACGGUUGAGUUUACCAUUUGUUUACGAAUUGUUGCGAAAAAAGCGAGUGCUGCUACAGCCAUGUGGAAUCUUGUGGCUCGCAUACGUUCGGUGUGCUCUGUAGCCCUUUCUAAACCUGCAGAGCUGCUGGCGCUUACUCGACCGACUGCAUGUUCGUCGUUCCAUUCCCUGUCCCAACCGAGACAGCCAUCACCACUGGCCAACCAGUGUACAACGCCAGCCAUAGCUACAUCGAAUUUUCUGCGACCGAUUGCGAUCCCGCUACUUCACCACGCCUGCGGCUUUAAAGUGAAAGGACGGCUGAAGAGACGGUGCAAAGAUUGCUACUUCGUAAUGCGCCAGGAGCGGCUUUAUGUGAUUUGUAAAACACAUCCGCGCCAUAAGCAGAUGUCGAUGAAGAAGCACGAUCGCAAUACCUGGAUACUGACCGAUGCGACGCAAAGUAAAAUUAGAGCUUGGUAGUUGGCAAUGUAUAAUUGGGUGCAAGCCACAUAAAUAUAGUUACUUAUUGGAA